AUGUCCGCAAACUUCGCCCCCUACCAAGACAUACCCGAAUCCUCGCGCGCCCUCUCCCCCAUCACAUCUCCCCGAACCUCCAUAGACCGCACCCGUCGCACCCUCUCCUCCCCGCCCCGCCCAAAAACCACAUCUCCAGCGCGCGCAUACGAACAACAAGAUUACUUCCAGGGCCAAAUACACGACGAGGACGACAACGAGGACGACAACGACCACUACAACGACCGCUAUGGCGGAACAAACACCUACCACGACGACGACCACUCCACCGGCAUACCGUACCCACCCCACCCCAGCAGCCGCCGUUUCGGCCGCCCCCGCUCAGACAUGGACGUCUUCACCACAUCGCUGGGCUGGCGCCUCGACUACGAAGCCUGUCUGGCCUACCUGCUGCUCCCGCCGGCGGGCGGGGUGUUGCUGUUGAUGCUGGAGCACAAGAGCGAUUACGUGCGGUUCCAUGCGUGGCAGAGUAGCCUGCUCUUUGCCUUUGCCUUUCUCGUGCAUAUCAUCUUCAGUUGGAGUCGGUGGGUGAGCUGGAUGUUGUUUGUGGGGGAUGUUUGUGGGAUCUUGUGGUUGGUCAGGAGGGCGUGGGUUGAUGCUGCGACGUUGGAUCGGUAUGAAGUUCCCUUUUUUGGGCCGCUGGCGAGCUCGAUAUUGGAUGAUGAAUAG